AGAUCCAGCCCAUAUUAUGGCUGGCAGUGGGUCCAGAUCAGGACCGUCCAGUGGGCUUUCCAUGAAAUCACAGCUGCAGAUCACCGUUAUUUCAGCAAAACUCAAAGAAAAAAAUAAAUGGUUUGGACCUAGCCCUUAUGUGGAAGUCUCGGUAGAUGGACAGUCAAAGAAGACAGAAAAAUGCAACAACACAAAUAGUCCAAAGUGGAAACAGCAUCUUACAGUAAUUGUCACUCCUGUAAGUAAAUUAAACUUUCGAGUCUGGAGCCAUCAAACCUUAAAAUCGGAUGUCCUUCUGGGAAGUGCUGCUCUGGAUAUUCAUGAGACUUUGAAAUCAAACAGUAUGAAACUUGAGCAGGUAGUGGUGACGUUGCAUCUUGUUGGUGACAGAGAACCAGCAGAAGUGGUAGGAGAUUUGUCUGUCUGUCUGGAUGGGAUGCAGGUAGAUCCUGAGCUCCUAACCAAUGGUGAUGCCUCAAGUACAAGAAGUCCUACACAGAAUGACAGCUCCAAAGUAAGGAAUGAUACACGGACUAACUCAAAUGGCCUUGAAACCUGUGAAGAUGCUGCUCCCAGUGAAAACAAGACUGUUAAUGGCAGCGAUUCUCCGUUACUCACAAAUGGGAACUGCAAACCUGCUAGACCUCCCAGGCCUUCUAGACCACCUCCGCCCACUCCCCGCAGACCCACUUCAGUAGCUGCAAGUGUAAAUGGUCCUUCAUCCACAUCCACAGAAAAUGAUGGGGCCAGUGCAGGAUCACUGGCAGGUACAGCUGCAAAUACAUCUUCAGAACAGAGCCCUGAGGGGGCAACAGCUGCAACAACAGCUCCUGCAACGGCUGCACUCACCACACCUCCAGUGUCAAGACAAGUCCAGCCAGUAAAUCCUCCACCUCAGGCAGUUACUACAGUCAGUCAAGGUCCUCUUCCACCUGGUUGGGAGCAAAGAGUAGACCAACAUGGUCGAGUGUACUAUGUAGAUCAUGUUGAAAAAAGAACAACAUGGGAUCGGCCAGAGCCUCUUCCUCCAAGCUGGGAGCGACGAGUCGACAACAUGGGGAGGAUUUAUUAUGUUGACCACUUCACUAGAACAACGACGUGGCAGAGACCAACACUAGAGUCUGUCCGAAAUUACGAGCAGUGGCAGCUUCAGCGCAGUCAGCUUCAAGGAGCUAUGCAGCAAUUUAAUCAGAGAUUUAUAUAUGGGAACCAGGACUUUUCAUCCACACAGAACAAAGAGUUUGAUCCUCUUGGCCCUCUGCCACAUGGAUGGGAGAAGAGAACAGACAGCAACGGCAGAGUGUAUUUUGUCAAUCACAACACACGAAUCACGCAGUGGGAAGAUCCCAGGAGUCAGGGUCAAUUAAAUGAGAAACCCUUACCAGAGGGCUGGGAAAUGCGAUUUACUGUGGAUGGUAUUCCAUAUUUUGUGGAUCACAAUAGGAGAACCACUACAUAUAUAGAUCCCCGCACGGGCAAGUCUGCUCUAGACAAUGGACCCCAGAUAGCUUAUGUGCGUGAUUUCAAGGCAAAGGUCCAUUAUUUCAGAUUCUGGUGUCAGCAACUGGCAAUGCCACAACACAUAAAGAUUACAGUGAGCAGAAAAACGUUAUUCGAGGACUCAUUUCAACAGAUAAUGAGCUUCAGCCCUCAGGAUCUACGGAGACGUUUAUGGGUUAUUUUCCCUGGUGAAGAAGGCUUAGAUUAUGGAGGUGUCGCAAGGGAAUGGUUCUUUCUGUUGUCACAUGAAGUUUUGAACCCAAUGUAUUGCCUGUUUGAAUAUGCAGGGAAAGAUAACUACUGCUUACAGAUAAACCCAGCCUCUUACAUUAAUCCAGACCACCUGAAAUACUUCCGAUUUAUUGGAAGAUUCAUUGCCAUGGCUUUGUUCCAUGGGAAAUUCAUUGACACUGGUUUCUCUCUGCCGUUCUAUAAACGUAUCCUAAACAAGCCAGUAGGACUCAAGGAUUUAGAAUCUGUUGACCCAGAGUUUUACAACUCUCUCAUCUGGGUAAAAGAGAAUGAUAUUGAAGAAUGUGGCUUGGAAAUGUUUUUCUCAGUUGAUAAAGAAAUUCUAGGUGAAAUCAAGAGCCACGAUUUGAAGCCAAAUGGUAGCAACAUCCUGGUCACAGAAGAAAACAAAGAAGAGUACAUUAGGCUAGUAGCAGAAUGGAGACUUUCCCGAGGUGUUGAGGAGCAGACGCAGGCUUUCUUUGAAGGCUUCAAUGAAAUUCUGCCACAACAGUAUUUGCAGUAUUUUGACGCAAAGGAACUGGAGGUGCUUCUGUGUGGAAUGCAAGAAAUUGAUUUGAAUGACUGGCAGAGGCAUACCAUCUACCGGCACUAUACCAGGACCAGCAGACAGAUAGUGUGGUUUUGGCAGUUUGUGAAAGAAAUAGAUAAUGAGAAGAGAAUGAGACUCUUGCAGUUUGUUACUGGGACAUGCAGAUUACCAGUGGGAGGAUUUGCUGACCUCAUGGGGAGCAAUGGACCCCAAAAAUUUUGUAUUGAAAAAGUUGGAAAGGAAAACUGGUUACCCAGAAGUCAUACCUGUUUCAAUCGCUUAGACCUUCCACCCUAUAAGAGUUAUGAGCAGUUGAAGGAAAAGUUGUUGUUCGCAAUUGAAGAAACAGAAGGAUUUGGGCAAGAAUAGCUAAAAUUUGCACCUUGAAGAAUGUGAACUCAACAUGACGUAUGUUCUUC